UUCCCUUUUCCAGCCAUGAUCUUCGCUACCUACCUACUCUACCCUCAAAAGGAGGGCGGCUCCCGACCUCACGUGAUACUGAGGUCACGUGACCUGCGCCUCCUGGGAGCCGAAGCCCGGGUUCCAGCUCCGCGAGCCGGAGGGGUCUGGGGUGUGCCGUGCCCAGCGCCCAGUCCCCCGCCCGACGCGACCAUGCUGUCCCGCCUGCUGAAAGAGCACCAGGCCAAGCAGAAUGAACGCAAGGAGCUGCAGGAGAAGAGGAGACGAGAGGCUAUCACUGCAGCAACCUGCCUGACAGAAGCUUUGGUGGAUCACCUCAAUGUGGGUGUGGCCCAGGCCUACAUGAACCAGAGGAAACUGGACCAUGAGGUGAAGACUUUACAGGUACAGGCUGCCCAGUUUGCCAAGCAGACUGGCCAGUGGAUCGGAAUGGUGGAGAACUUCAAUCAGGCACUCAAGGAAAUCGGAGAUGUGGAGAACUGGGCUCGGAGCAUUGAGCUGGAUAUGCGCACCAUUGCCACUGCACUGGAGUAUGUCUACAAAGGGCAGCUGCAGUCAGCCCCCUCCUAACCUCUCCACCCUGCCCCUCCUACUUCACCCAUGGUGGGCAGGAGGGAGGCUGACAGGACCAUGAAUAAAACACAAGCCUCCAUGUC